UCCAGGCGUUAAUCGCUCCAGAGGCGGGGUUACGGGCCCGACCCUUCCGGGUUCCGGAACCUCACUGGGGCAAGGAAGAAAGGAGCCACUCGUCGUGAUUUGAUGACGGUACCCCUCCGCGGCGAUCAGUGAUGACGUCACGUCUGCGACCCAUUUUCGAGCCGCACCAGAGCAUGAGAGUUGUAUGGAGGCCAUUUAUAUUCUCAAGAAGACUUCUGAAAGUGGAAAACUGUAAUGCAACUGUAUCAGAAUUGCUGAUCCCACUAGCAUGGAUAACAGUGACACAAAAGCUUAGGAAAGUGCCUGAUAUUUUCUUUUGGGGUCAAAGAAAAAGAUUCUCAACCAUGCCAGAAAUAGAAGCAAAUAAAAGAGACUCUGAGUUAUUUUCACCACCUUCUGAUGUUCGAGGAAUGAUGAAACUUGAUAGAACAGCUUUUAAAAAGACAGUCACCAUUCCAGUGCUUAAAGUGAGGAAAGAAAUAGUCAGCAGAGUGAUGCGAUCCCUUAAAAGGGUAGCACUGCAGCGCCCAGGCAUAAAGCGGGUGAUUGAAGAUCCAGAAGAUGAAGAAAAUAGACUAAUUAUGUUGGAUCCCUAUAAAAUGUUUACUUGUGAUUCCUUUGAGAAAGCAGAACUCAGUACUUUAAAGCAACUUAAUGUCAGUCCACAGAUUUCUAAAUAUAGUUUGGAACUAACUUAUGACAACUUUAAGUCAGAAGAAAUCUUGAGAGCUGUGCUUCCUAAAGGUCAAGAUGUGAUUUCAGGGUUUAGCCGAGUUGGACAUAUUGCACACCUGAAUCUUCGAGAUCAUCAGCUCCCUUUCAAGCAUUUAAUUGGCCAAGUUAUGAUUGACAAAAAUCCAGGAAUCACCUCAGCAGUAAAUAAAAUCAAUAAUAUUGACAAUACAUAUCGAAAUUUCCAAAUGGAAGUGCUAUCUGGAGAAGAGAACAUGCUGACCAAGGUUCGGGAAAACAACUACACCUAUGAAUUUGAUUUUUCAAAAGUCUAUUGGAAUCCUCGUCUCUCCACAGAACACAGCCGUAUCACAGAACUUCUAAAGCCUGGGGAUGUCCUAUUUGAUGUUUUUGCUGGAGUUGGGCCCUUUGCUGUUCCAGCAGCAAAGAAAAACUGCACUGUAUUUGCCAAUGAUCUUAAUCCUGAAUCCCAUAAAUGGCUGUUACACAAUUGUAAAUUAAAUAAAGUAGACAAAAAGGUGAAAGUCUUCAACUUGGAUGGUAAAGACUUUCUCCAAGGACCAGUCAGAGAAGAGUUAAUGCAGCAGCUGGCACUGCCAAAAGAAAGAAAACACUCUGUCCACAUUGUCAUGAAUUUGCCAGCAAAGGCUAUAGAGUUUCUCUGUGCUUUCAAAUCACUUUUAGAUGGGCAGCCAUGCAGCAGUGACCUCCUUCCCAUAGUACACUGUUACAGCUUUUCUAAAGAUGUUAAUCCUGCUAAAGAUGUUCAGCAACAAGCUGGAGCAGUGUUAGGCAUUUCCUUGGAAGCAUGCAGUUCAGUUCAUCUAGUAAGAAAUGUGGCCCCUAACAAGGAAAUGCUCUGCAUCACCUUUCAGAUUCCUGCUUCUAUACUCUACAAGAACCAGACCAUAAAUCUAGAGUAUGGCGAAGAUCCACCUCUUAAACGGCAAAAGACAGAUAAUGUCUUUUCAGAAGGAAACACACAAAUUGCUUCAAACACUUAAUUGUAAAUGUUUUUCCCAUCUGCCCACUAGACUUAUAUGUAAUGAAAUACAACUUAUGUGAUUUCAUAAAAUUGUAGCAUUCCUUUACUACUUAACCCUUAUACUUUACCCUGCUAUUUUAUAAACUGUCACUAAAUUAAAAUUUAACUAAAUGUACUAACUAUAUUUUUAUCUAAAUUAUACUAUGUAAUUAUUUUAUAAUCUAAAUUACAUCUGUUUAUCCGUUAAAUACACUUAAAUAUUGUCUGUCUUAGGAAGUCGUUUUUGAAGAUAGAGUAAUUGCUAUCUACCUAGGAAGGUAUUAAUAACACAUUUUAGUCAUAUUUAGUGAAAGAGUAUAGUUAUUUUACGCAAGUACUUCUCUAGUACUGGUUAUCACUAUAAAAAGUCAUUAAAAUAUGAUAUUACUUAGAGCACUAUAAAGAGUCAUUAAAAUAUGAUAUUACUUAGAGCAGGGACACACAAAUCACAUUCUAUAGGCUGAAUCUGGCCCACCACCUGUUUGUAGUAUUGGUUCGCCACCUUUCUGGCCUUCAACCUGAGAUUCAAAUGGUUGCAUUUUGUGACAUGUGAAAAACAUGAAAUUUGAGUUUCAGUGUACAUAAAGGUUUUUUUUUUUUUUUAAUAUUUACUUUUUUUAGUUGUAGUUUAACAUAAUACCUUUAUUUAUUUCUUUAUUUUUAUGUGGUGCUGAGGAUCGAACCCAGGGCCUUGCAUAUGCUAGGCGAGCACUCUACCACUGAGCCACAACCCUAGCCCGUACAUAAAGUUUUACUGGAACAUCCCCUACUCAUGUUUUCAUACUGUCUAUAGCUACUUUCUUAAUACAGCAGCAAAGUGAACAGUUGCACCACAGUCUUACCGUGACACAUCUUCAUAUUGUUGCUUACCACACUACAAAUCACAGUGACAUGGAUGUAGUAACUCAACAUUUAUGCCAUAUAUACAGCCCAGCCACAAACUUUUUUAUUAUCAGUACAUACUUAUAUCAGGACAAGAAAAGUGGACUUGGAAUGUUGUGCUUUGAAAGCACAGUGGAGUGUGAAUUAUUUCAACACUGAAUUAGAUGACAAAAAUCUAUAGCUAACUGAAAACAAUACAAUAUGCAUUACUACCACCAGACAAAGCACUUGUCACAGUUUGAUCUUUCCCAGAAUGUUCUGUAGUUGAAACACAUAGCAUGUAUCCCUUUCAGGAGUGAAUUAGAACCCUUCUUUCUUGCCUAAAUGCACUGAAAUUCAAAACUGUUUUGAAACUCAACCCAAGAACUGUAUGCUGAUGUUAGGCUGGAAAGUACAUGUAUAAAUGAUGUUCAUAUCAACCCUUAAUUAGACAGAAUAUAUUGUAAUUAUAAAGAAAACAAUAUUUAAAUGCUUCAAUUAGUAUUUUAAAUCUUACCCUUUUCAUUUAGAGUGGGUAAAUAAAUGUGUUAUUAUUUCAUUAUUUAAAUCUAGGCUCACCUUAAACUUUCAGAUGUGAUCUCAAGUAAACUCUUGAUGAAACCAUUAGAAAAUAACAGCUAGAAAACUCAUUGGGUACAAUUUUUAAAAUUUUGAUAACUUUUUAACAGAUUCUUGCCACCUUAAUUGGAUUUUUAAAAUUAUUUUCUUACCACCCAUGGACCACCAAAAGAUAGCUUCUAAGAAAAGCUUUUAGAAGAAAUAUUUAUGUAUUCCAUUCUUUUAAUACCUGCUUUAAAAAGAAGGUAGUUGUUAGCAAAACAAUUUCAAUAUAAUGACUUUCUCAGAACUUCUCAGGAUAUCAACAAGAUCAUUUAGUUCAUGUCAUUUAUGUCCCAUAGAAGGUCAAGAUACUUGUUCUUCAAACCUUCCUAGAAGUCUUACGAAGUCUUACGAAGUCUGACUACCCAGACCUGGUUUUAGCAGAGCUGUUAUUUAUAUACUUGACAGUUUAACAAUUAUGGACUCUGGAGCCUGACCACUUGGGUUCAAAUCCCAGCUCUGCUAUUUUUAUGUUGUAUUGACUCCUGGCAAGUUACUUAACUUGCAUUUCCUCAUCUGUUAAAAUAGGGAAAAUAUUAGCACUGUUGUAAGGAUUAGGUAAUACAUAAAGCAGGGAGAAAAGUGCCUGGCAAAUAUGUAAUACAGUACUUUGUUGAUCAUUUCUGCUGUAGUAUUACAAAAUGUUAAAAGGCUGGGGAUUAAAGAGUUGAAAGAUUUGUAAA